AUGAAUUCUACCUCAAUCUUUCUAUCUUCUUCCCUAAUUAUUAUCCUAACUCUAUUGACAUACCCUCUUCUCACAACCCUAAACAUUAACACCCCAAAAGAAAACUGGGCACUUUCCCAAGUUAAAACCGCAGUAAAAUUGGCCUUCUUCACUAGCCUGCUGCCCUUGUUCCUAUUCCUCAAUGAAGGCACCGAAACCAUCGUCACUACCUGAAACUGGCUUAAUAUUCUCACCUUUGACAUCAACGUGAGCUUUAAAUUCGACUGCUACUCAAUUAUCUUCACCCCUGUUGCCCUAUAUGUGACUUGAUCUAUCCUUGAAUUCGCCUCCUGAUACAUAGCAGCAGACCCUCACAUAAACCGAUUUUUUAAAUAUCUCCUCAUCUUCCUAAUCGCCAUACUUAUUCUAGUAACAGCUAACAACAUGUUCCAACUUUUUAUCGGCUGAGAAGGUGUUGGUAUUAUAUCUUUCCUUCUCAUCGGCUGAUGAAGCGGACGAACAGAUGCAAACGCCGCCGCACUCCAGGCAGUGUUAUAUAAUCGAAUCGGGGACGUAGGCCUCGUUCUCGCUAUAGCCUGAUUGGCAAUAAAAACCAACUCAUGAGAAUUCCAACAAAUAUUUAUAUCUUCCAAAGACCUCGAUUUGACCCUUCCCCUCCUUGGCUUAAUCUUAGCCGCCACUGGCAAAUCCGCCCAAUUUGGCCUUCACCCCUGACUCCCUUCUGCCAUGGAAGGCCCUACACCGGUUUCUGCCCUACUGCAUUCCAGCACCAUAGUUGUUGCAGGAAUUUUCCUUCUUGUUCGCAUGAGCCCUCUUAUAGAAAAUAACCCUACAGCCCUAACCACCUGCCUCUGCCUCGGUGCCCUCACUACGCUAUUCACAGCCACCUGCGCCUUGACCCAAAAUGACAUCAAAAAAAUUGUUGCUUUCUCAACUUCAAGCCAACUAGGCCUUAUGAUAGUCACCAUCGGGCUAAACCAACCACAACUUGCCUUCCUUCACAUCUGCACCCACGCCUUUUUCAAAGCCAUGCUCUUCCUUUGCUCCGGCUCAAUCAUUCACAGCCUAAAUGACGAGCAAGACAUCCGAAAAAUAGGAGGAACUCACAACCUCGCCCCUUUUACUUCCUCCUGCCUUACAAUUGGAAGCCUAGCCCUUACAGGCACUCCAUUCCUAGCAGGAUUUUUCUCUAAAGAUGCUAUUAUUGAAUCAUUAAAUACAUCUUACCUAAACGCCUGAGCCCUAACUCUGACCCUCCUCGCCACUUCCUUCACCGCUAUCUACAGCCUACGUGUUAUUUUCUUUGUAGCAAUAGGCCACCCUCGAUUUAACUCACUUUCCCCAAUCAACGAAAACAACCCUUCAGUAAUUAACCCCCUCAAACGACUAGCCUGAGGCAGCAUUAUCGCCGGGCUCCUGAUUACCUCAAACAUUUCCCCCCUGAAGACACCUAUCAUAACAAUACCGCCUCUACUAAAAAUGGCCGCCCUCGCCGUAUCAAUUGCUGGACUCCUCCUGGCCCUAGAACUCGCCUCCCUCACAAACAAACAAUUUAAGGCUACCCCAAAAUUAGCCCUCCACCAUUUCUCCAAUAUAUUAGGCUUCUUCCCUCCCGUGAUCCAUCGUUUUAUGCCCAAACUAAACCUAACCUUUGGCCAAAUGGUAGCCACCCAAAUAGUGGAUCAAAACUGAUUAGAAAAAAUUGGACCUGCCGCCACAGCUACUCUUAAUGCAUCCCCAAUUACCACCACAAGCAACAUCCAGCAAGGAAUAAUCAAAACAUACCUUGCCCUAUUCUUAUUAACCUUCCUCCUUCUAGCCCUCGUCAUGUCCCUUUAG